AUGGACGAAUUUCAUGACGACGAUUUCGAUGAAUUGAACGACACCACUCUCCAGGAGCUUGAAAACAAUGCUAUUCAAUUCACACAAGCGCAAAGAAAACAAGACUCCCAGUCUCAGACUCUACCUCCCCCACAUGACCCUUCCCAGGUCGAGAAUUACGAUGACCUCGAAUUCGAAGAUGACGACCUGGACGAUGCCGAAGUCACCAACGAGCUUCUGCCUCCCGUCACUCGCCCUGCCGUAGACAAGACUAUCUCUCAACAACAACUCCAACACCCACAGCCUCAUACAGCCAGGCACCCGCCUCUUCCACCUCAACAGAGAUGGAAUCCUCCACCAGUGCAUAAUCCUCCGACCCUCUCCUCUCGGCCGCGAUACCCACCCCCCGUGCCAUCCUACAAUGCCCCGGUAGCCUCGCAGCGAUUCCAGUCCGCACACCAUGCAGCUCCGUAUCGACCUCCUCCGAGCCAAUUUGCCCGACCAGCUCCUCCUUCGUCCACGCGCUUCAACCCUCCACAAUCCCAGUCGCAGUUGCAUGCGGCACCUGGCAACGAUGUCGUUGCCGCACUGCAGCAACGACUCAGGGCCCUCGAGUCUGAGCUCAACUCUGCUCGCGGCGAGGCCUCAAUAAUACGAACAAAUUCUACCAAAGCUGAACUGGACCACGCAGCCGAGGUUUCCCGCCUCAAAAAGCAGAAUGCCGAACAAGCUGCGAAGCAAGAGAGGGCUGUGGAAGCUGCCAUUGCUGCUGAAAGGCAGGCCACCACGGAGCUGCAAUUUCUCCAAAGGGACAUGAAGGAUGCUUCAACCCGUCCUCGCCGCAGAGAAAACGUGCCAAUGCCCGCCGCGCCAGGGACCACCACGCCUAAGAAGACUGUCAAAACUUGGGGUGUCGCGGAUGGCUUCGAUGACAUGGACAUUGCUCCAAGUCCGACCAAGACUAGAGGCAAAUCCCGAGACACUGGCUCUGUUGCCAUCCCAUUGUCGGAGAGGACGCCCACCAAAGGCAAACGGAAACGGCCGCCAGUUGACAGUCCCGUCAUGGCCUUGGAAACAGACGCCCAGGAUAUAAUCAUGAUUGACGACCCUGGGAUCGCCGCCAUCGCAGUCCAACACCCAGGCCCGGCGCCUAACACUCUCCCCUUCGAGUUUCUUCAAGUCAUACUAGAUCAUGGCUCUUUGCAUGGAGAACCACCGACUUUUGACAUCUUGUCACGAUACUCAUACCCGUCUGACCCCAGCACGUCUUUUGCGUCCUUUAUUUUCCAGCAUCUUCCUCUCAUGGGAACUCCGCUGAAUCCGGUGCAGCUUCUGGUAGACUUUGCCCGUCUUAUCAUCCAGAUGUGGAGCCAGUGUUUGAGCGAGACUUUCUUGCGACCUAUUUGGGACCUGGCCUCGCUUCUUUCCUUCACUCUCCAGCUUCAGACCAUGUCGGUGGUCCCGCAGGUCGUCAAUGACUUGGUUCCCACUCUGCAACAAUCUAUCUUUUUGGUUGCAGAGGCUCGAUUCAUGAGCCAGGAUGACGAUGUCUCAGCCGGGGCUGACACAGAAGAAGCCCUGCAGCAGCAUAUCGAUACCUCGUACAUCCUGUCUCUACUAAACGCCUCUGCCGCAGCCUGCGCUACGACAAUGUCCGAGGCUAACAGCGGUUCACAAACCAGACAAGCCGAAUUUUGGCAACUGAUCAAUCUUGAUUUGGUUCUCAUCCUUCUCACACCAAAACAACGGCUGGACGACAUCAUUGGCAUGCUUGAUAUGCUGUGCACCUCUACUCUCCCGGAUUCCAUUGGCCCCAUCAUCAUAGGCAAAGACGCCGACGUAGCUGCUAGAAUGAUUAUCGACAAGGUUUCUCUCAACCUGGUCGACUUACCCAGAGCAGUAUCGUCUACAAGCCAGAAGCACGCUGUCAGAUUCGCAGUCUUACGGACACUCAUGGCCUUUGCCCGUACCCCGUAUGGAGCACGACAGGUCGCGGGCCACGUCAGUGUCAUACCCCGGUUAGUCACAGCUCUGGGCGAGCUUGUUGAUGUUUUGUACGACCUUUCCGACUCCGUGGUGGAUACCUCCAGUGGCGGUUUCUCCCCUUCACACAAGAACUUGGCCGUGGGUACUACCCCGGACGAUGGCCGGAGUGGCGCCUCCUUAUUGAUAUCUCAGAUUAUUCUGCUCCUCCAUACCUUGGUGACAGAUCCGCAGACAGCCAACGUCGCCAAUAUCCUCUCGAAGCUCUCCAUGUCACACGGCGGCUCUCAACGGUACAUCCUUUCGUUGUCACGACUUAACUUUGCGGAAGAAGAUUUGGUCUACGAGCGCGCCAUUGACGCGGAUACUGUUGAUCGAGCCCAUGAGUUACUAGAAAUUGCCGUGACCCCCGACGAGGGCGACAGUAUCGCAGUGUCGUUUGGGGUUUGA